AUGAAAGCUACUUUAAAUUUCUUGGUGCUGAUAGUUAUUUGCUCUAUUUUUCAAGAAUCCACUGCUUAGACAUCAACACCUGAUCACUACUUUGAUUUCACCAAGGUAACGAAUGUUAAUGGCAGGAAUUAUGUGUUCGACCAAAUAACUAAAGAUGAUAAAGUUUCUUUUGCUUAACUUCCUGAAAAUGGAUGCAAUGCAGGUACACAAACUUAUCCAAUGAAUGGACCAGAUGGUCUCUAAUACAGCAGAUAAUCUGACCUUUUAAGAAUGCAGGGAUCUAUAGAUUUAGAAUUGACAAAUAAAUUUAUGAUUGCAGUCUGGGUCAAGCUCAGUGAGGGUUGGUAUCUAUUUGGAUAUUCAUUAGAUUCUUCAUCAGGUACUCAAGCAAAAAUUGCUUUGAGAGCGAGAUCAGCAUUCAAUGGUUAAGAUAACUAGGUAUUCACUGUGGAUGAUUACAUAUUCAAAGAUUAUUGGAAAACAACUACUGAUGGUUUUGCAGGUGGAGUAUGCUUAUCUGCAAAUAACUUUAGGAAAACUUACUACAGUCCUUUUGGAACAAUGGGCAGACUUUACAUUUGGAAGAGUUUUGCUAAUGUUAAUUCUGAUAGUUAGUUCGACAGAUAUUUCUUUAGAUAAAAUGGAUCACCUUUUCCAGUGUGUACAGGUACACUGACACCUUGUCUAUUUUGUGUGGUAGGUAUUCCACUUCCCACUGCUCAAAUAACUAGCCUAAAUUGUUCUGUUGAAACAAAAGACCCUAAGGAUAUCUAUUUAGCAUAUUGGGAUUUCGAUGCAUAGAGCGAGAUAACCUAAUAUAUCCCAGAUUUAAGCGGAAACGGAAGAGACCUGAGAAAAUCUAGUCUUGAUGAUAACGACAACUCAGACCCAUUUAGAAUAUAUGGAUAGGGGUAUUUGUUUUACAACAUUCAAAAUAUAUACGCGGUUUAGCCAAUUGUUUUGUCGAAAUACCCAGCUUUUACUAUAGAAAUUUGGGUUAGGAAAAUCUUUGAUUUGUUUCCUUACUCUGCAAACCCAUAUGGCGCACUUCCGAUUCAGAUUUUAAAUAAUCUAAUGAGUGUUACUCAACUGUUAUUUUAUGUCUCAGAUUCGAGUUAAAAAAUGACUUUCUAAACACCAACGAUUUCUAUUACAACCUAGCAGUAUCCUGGUCUAUUCUCUACAAAUAAUUGGCACUUUAUAUCGAUCACUUACUCUCAGUAAAAGCUUUAUACUAAUUAGGUAUAUUACUCUCUUAGAUCUCAAGUAGAUAAAGUGUCCUCAUUCAAUUAAGGUUCGACUACAGGGCUGCCAUUGAGCAUCUCAGAUGAUUCAAUCUACAGAAUUCAUAACUAUGCAACAUUUAUAUAUAAAAGCUACAAGUUAUACAGCUAUGCUAGACAUUCAGAUGAAGUCUAGGCAAUGGUUAGUUCAACAUGCUCACCAAUUGGAACUUAAGCUUCAUGCCCUGUCUGUCCUUCAGACACUGGUAAAUGUUUAAGCAAGUGUAAUGAAGAUCAAUUCGGGGAAAACUGUACUUAGUGCAAUAUACUGUGCGGUCAUUGUAAAGGGCCUACAAAAAAUGAUUGUGUAUACUGCAGUAAAAAGCCUGCCACAUCAUUUUCAGUUUAUUCUCCUGCUUUUGGUAAUUGUAGUUGUAUUUCAGGAAGAUAUUACGACAAUACAACUGAUAAAUGUGAACUGUGUCAUGCUAACUGCCUUGAGUGUUUUGGGCCUCUAAACUCUUAGUGUACCUCCUGCAAACCUACUUCUGCUUUCUUCCCUAAUUCAAAUUGUAUAACUUCAUGCGAUGACCCAUUGGUCGUACAAGGCUCCAAUUAGUCAUACUUUAUGAGUUCUGAAGUAAUAUUCACCUUUGGAAGUUAGAAACUAUGCGUGAAAUGUCAUCCUUAUUGCACUAAAUGUACAGGUCCACUUAAUACAUAGUGCCAAUAAUGCUAGCCGUAAUACUUACUCAGAAAUGGAAACACUUGUACUGAUGUUUGCUCAGCUGGUUAAUUUCCAGAUUUCACAUUAAUGAAUUGCCAAUCAUGCCAUGCUUCAUGUGCAACAUGCUCUGGUAAACUGGAUACAAACUGCCUAACUUGCUCUAAUAUUAAUUUCGUUUAAUAAGGCGGAAUCUGCUAGGCUAAAUGCAACAAUGGCUUUUAUCAAGAUACGCAUAAUGUUUGUCAGCCUUGCCAUAAAGCUUGUGCAUCCUGCAACUCAAAAUUUAUAACUGACUGUGGGUCUUGUAAUUCUGGAUGGUAUCUUGAGUGGCUUGGUAACACUUGUUAAACCUCUUGCCUAGAUGGCUAUUACGCAGAUGGCUUAACGAACCAGUGUUUAAUGUGUCAUUAUUCUUGUGAAACAUGCUCAGGAAAUGGUCCCUCAAACUGUUUAACAUGUGCAACUGGAUUUCUGCAAAACGGAGCGUAAUGCGUCAAAGCUUGCGACGAUAACUAGUUCACUAUAAAUGGCACUUGCAUGAAUUGUGAUAGCAAAUGCGCUACUUGCUUUGGAAUUUAGGAUAAUUAAUGCUACUCUUGUAAUGAAAACUCUGUUACCUUACUAGGCUAUUACUACUUAGAUGACACUUGCUACACUUAGUGUCCAGAGGGGUACUAUCCAGAUGAAAAUAAAAAACAAUGCAUUAAAUGUAACUCAAAGUGUGCAUCUUGCAUUUCUGAGACAUACUGUACUUCUUGCAUUUACGGUCCUUAUUAAUUAAACAAUGGAGAAUGUACUUAUUUUACUUGUUUAGACACUUAAUACAGAUCAAUAAGGCCGACACUUUCAUGCUUUGAAUGUGACUCAUCUUGUAAGACCUGCUAAGGACAUAGUAAACUAGAUUGCUUAUCAUGCUUUCCCAGAGAUGAUUUUAAAGAUUAGCAAUGCUUAAGCUGCUCUGAACAGCCUGGAAUGAUGUAUCCCAUAGACGAUACAAUAUCUGGUUGCUAAGAAAUUUGUGGAGAUGGCUUUAAUUAUGGUAGCUUUUAAUGCGAUGACGGAAAUUCUAUAAACGGCGAUGGGUGUUCUUCAGCUUGUACUAUUGAAAAAGGUUUCAAUUGCACAACAGGAUCAAAGUUUACACCUAGCAUUUGUAUGGACAAUAAAAAUCCUACUCCUACUCUGUCUCUUAUAAGCUCAAGAAAUUUUAUUUACAUCCAAUUCGAUGAAGAAGUCACUCUAUCUAGUGAAAUUAACUCUACUAAUGUCAAAAUAUCUAUAACAGGACAGCAAAGUUCCUAUAAAUUUGAUUGGAAAUUAGGCGAAGACUACAAAACUUAAGAGCCUGUUUAAGUUAUCGCCCUAGAGUUGAGUAUAUAUCAGAGUCUAAAAGGAAAUGGUAAGGAGCAGGUAACAGUAGAAUUCCUAUCUUCAGAUAUAUAUAAGGAUCAGACUGGAAAUGGAAUGGUUACCAAUCCAAUGUACGGUUACUUAAAUGCUUACUCGUAUAUUGAUCCAGAAACAAAAGCAAAGCUUGAUGCUGCAGGAGAUUCCUCAAUGGUCGCUACUUUUGCAGCAAUGGGAAUCAAUCUUGGUAUAUCUUUGGUCUUUGGUGGAUCUAUUUCAGCAAUGUGGACGAUGGUAAAUACCAUUCAGCUAGUCAGUCUCUUACCUCUUUGCAAUAUAAAUUAUCCCUAGAUUGCAAUCCUAGUCUUCUAAAAGAUGCUUGGCACUCACGGUGAAUCGAAAUUCAUACCAAAUCUACUUUAUGAAAAACUGAUGAACAGGCCUGGCUCAACAAUUUAAGUAGAGUCAGCUCUCAAUGAUAAAUUUGAAGCAUAUGGAUGGGAAAUCAGUAAUUUCUUAUAUCUCAGUGGGCGAAAGAUUAUCAUGUGGACUGGUAUCAUUGUCGCAUAUCCAUUUGUUUGGUAUUUUAAAAAGAAAUACUCUGACAAGCACAAGUACUGCAAACUUUGGAUUAAGGUUGAACAGAAAUUCAGAUAUACUAUGCUUUUGAGAGGUGUCAUUAUGUCCUAUGUAUCAAUGUAUCUUGCUUUUGUCCUUGGAUUGUUUAAGAUGAAUUUAACAACUUUAGAAAAUACGAUAUCUGCUUUUACUGCUAUUGCUUUUGGUAUAAUAUUGACUUAUCUACCUAUUUAAUUGAUGAACAUCUUACAGCGUAAUUACGAGAAAAUCUAGUCACCUAAGUUUAUGCUGUCUUAUAACACCAUUGUAAAGGAAGUUGAUCUUUCCCAUCCAAUUAGAUAUAUGUAUUAUCCAGUAUUUUUGCUAAGAAGGGCUGUAUUCGCAAUAUCCUUAGUUUUAUUUGCAGAGAAACCAAAAGAACAAGCAAUUUUUAUGGCUAUGACAGCAGUUAUUAUGAUAAUUUAUGUGGUAUUAGUAAAACCUCAGAAAGACAAAGUGAUGAUAAUCCUAACAGCAGUUGGUGAGUUACUCAUAUUCUUCCUACAUUUGUUCUCUCUUGUCUUUCUAGAUGAGACACUCCCUGAAGAUAAGGCCAAUUAGUAUGGUUGGUUCUUGAUUGUACUGAUUGGAAUGUAUAUUCUAGUGAAUUGGGUAAUAAUUCUAUCAUUCACAAUUAGGCAAAUGAUGGAUAACUUCAAAAUCAAUAAAAAGAAAAAGUAAGAGCUAAAGCUUAAGCAGGAAUAGGAUUAGGAGUAUUAGAUUUGGAAGAAGAGGAGACAAUUAAAGAACAGAUCGAAGAAGGAAUAGGAAAAAUAAUAAUUACUCGAUAUCUUGGACUAGAAUACGUAAAGUAAACAACUGGGUAAAAAUAGCUUUAUGACCGAUGCAGGUUCUCCCUCAAAGAACCCCGUAAUUGUAAAGAUGGAAGAUUACUACAAGGUUGAUGAAGAUGAAGACCAAGAUAGAGCUAGUAAUAGCAAUGAUAAUUAUCAGAACUAAUACAUGCAAAAUUUAGUUGACGAAUACUCUUAGAAUGAUAACAGCGACUCUCCUAAUCUGAACAGCACUAGAUUCAUCUAUGAUCCCUUGUCAUAAAGAUAACGUCUCUUAUCAUCAUAGACACCUAAAAAUGUCACACACAUACCUCAUAGUCAGAGAGUACUUGAAAGUGAAAGAUAUUUGAAGACUCCAAAGAGCAUUUUAAAAACUAAAUCAGGAAUUACAUAGUUUGCCAACCAUAAUGCAUUUGUACAGAAUAAUAGUGCUAAGAGUUAGAGGCAGCAUGAGAUCAUUGAAGACAUGGAAAGAAUAAAUACGCAGGAUGAUCAAGAUGAAAAUUCUUCAGGUUCAGCUUAAAUCAUCCCUCAAAACCCUCCCCGCAACCUAUCAGCUUUUUCUAAGCAAAUGUCAUCAAUUAAGUUAAGUGCAUCAAUAUCAGCCAAGUAUCCCUCAUAUGAGCAGAUCAAUGAAGAAUCAAGGGAAUCACCGUCCCCAAGAAUACCUCCUCCAGAAUACAACAAAAUCAACAGCAGAGAUAGUAGUGGGAAGAGUGAUGAGAUUAUCAGAGAAAACUUAAUCUCAGAAGCCCUGGCAGAUAGACACUCAGAUUUUAGGCUUAUUAUCUAAAGCAACACUUAUCAGAAAAACAGCAAUGAUAGCAUGAACCCUCUCAAAGGAAUUCUGGAUGAAGAGGAUGAAAUUGAACAGGAGAUAAAGUAGUUUGAAGCGUAAAGUAAGAAAACAGUUAGAAUCGAACAAAAUGAUUGA